AAACCUACGCGGAUGACACCGCCAGCCGCUUAAACUCGGGAGUUUCGGAUAAAGAAGCGAAAUGGCUGGCCUCUCGUCCAUGGCGUCGUCGCUGCUUCCCCUCUCAUCUUCGCUUCCAGUCGCUAGCAGAGGGACCUCUUUCUCGCUGCCUACCUUCAUCGCCUUCCCUACUUCUUCCCCUGUCUUCAAGCCGCCGGGAUCCCUGACCAUCCGCUGCGUUCGUGUCGGCGGUGUGGAGAUACCCAACAACAAACGGGUAGAAUUUUCGCUCCGGUACAUUCACGGCAUCGGCCGCGUCAGGGCCCGCCAGAUCCUUUGCGACCUCUCCUUGGAUAACAAGAUCACCAAGGACCUCUCCGAUGAGGAGCUCAUCUCGCUUCGUGACGAGGUCUCCAAGUAUAUGAUAGAAGGCGACCUUAAACGGUUUAACAGACUUGCAAUCGAGAGGCUGAAGGAGAUCAGGUGCUAUAGAGGGAUUAGGCACGACAUGGGUCUUCCAUGUCGCGGGCAAAGGACAAAGAAUAACUGCCGCACACUCAAAGGCAAGAGGGUCACAGUUGCUGGGAAGAAGAAGGCCAAGUAGUCUACAUUUUUUUUAGCAGGGUAUGUAUGUUGCAUUUGGAUUGUUACUGCUUUGUACCAUUUGAAUUUGGUUAGAAUUUCCCCCUCCAAUGUUACCUUUUGAUAAACAAUUCAACUGGUGUUACCUUUGGAGAUUAAUCGACUCACAUCGGUCUCA